AUGCUGUCCCUCGCAGUGUCUGCUGUGUCCCUUGCGCUCAUCUUCACCAAUGAGUCAUUCCAGCCCAUACAGGCAGCCAUAGGGUUUGCCAUCCUCGGAUACCAGAUGACCACCUCGCUGAUUCCGGCUGUCAGCACUGCAUUUCUAAAACGUGGCCUGGGAGGUAGAGACCUGUCCAAGCCGGGGAAACCGCUCAUUCCAGAGACAAUGGGUAUCAUCCCUGCCAUCACAUACAUGUUUGUGAUGAUCCUGUUUAUCCCGUUCAUGUUUAUCUUUGGGUCUGACCAGAACGGUCUGUCUGGAAUGUUCCCCCAUAAAAUGCUUUCGACGUAUUUAGGCUGUCUGCUCUCGCUCAUGUCGAUGAUCCUACUUGGCCUGAUGGACGAUUUAUUUGACAUCAGAUGGCGCCACAAGUUUCUCCUGCCUGCCGUCGCCUCGAUUCCGCUGCUCAUCGUGUACUACGUCGACUUUGGAGUUACAGCGAUCCUGAUCCCGCAUUUCCUCCAGCAAUGGCUACACUUGGACACGAAUUCCGUCGAUCUGGGCUACUUGUACUACUUCUACAUGGCGUCUGUGGCUAUUUUCUGUCCAAACUCUGUCAACAUACUGGCAGGUGUCAAUGGACUGGAGGUUGGACAGACAGUUGUCAUUGCUGGGCUUUUGCUGCUCAAUGAUUUGUUUUACCUGUCCAUAGGAACUAUCCAGUCGCCGAGCUACUCAAUCCACCUGCUCAGCAUGUGUUUCCUCAUCCCUUUUGUUGGAGUUGCUCUUGGUCUGUUCAAGUACAAUUGGUUCCCGGCCAGAGUGUUUGUUGGAGACACCUGGUGCUACUUUGGAGGCAUGGUGUUUGCCGUCGUGGGUAUCUCGGGCCAUUUUGCAAAGACCCUGAUGCUGUUUUUUCUGCCGCAGAUCGUCAAUUUCGUUUACUCGGCUCCGCAACUCUUUGGACUCAUACCGUGUCCACGUCACCGGCUGCCAAAGUUCAACGAAGAAGAUGGCCUGCUUUACAACUCGUACACGGAGUAUGGGCAGGUAGACGCUACGAGCGAGAAGGGCAGGCGAAAUCCACCGCUAAACUCAAGACUGGUCCCAGUAGUUCUAUUUCUCGAGAGAUUAAAGCUCAUUGGAGUGGUCAAAGAAUACCACGACGGAGAAUGGGUGAUUCAUAAGACAACCAACCUCACCAUCAUAAACCUAUUUAUUGUGUGGACCGGCCCAAUCAGAGAGGACAAGCUGUGCACGCUUUUGCUGGCCACCCAAUUUGCAACCGGCUUCUUCAUGCUCGUGCUUCGACACACCCUUGCACCUAUGCUAUUUGGUUUCGACAACUCCUGGAGCAUGCUGAACAGAUAUAAUUAAGUGUCUAUGCACCCCAAAAUGCUUUCCGCUCUUCCAGCAAACUGUCGGCGAGGCCCUGGAUCUCUGGAUGCUUGAUCAACGCCCGAGAGCGGAAAAACUCAUCAAGAGACUUCUUCGUGGCUUUCUCGUACUCAAAUGCCUGGAUCAGCAUCUCGUACUUGUCAAUGUCCUUGACGAUUGAGGCUUCGAAGUUGCGCUGGUCCUCAUAAUCAAGCCAAAGUUGCACGAUUUCCUCGGAAAAGGCCGCAUUAUAUGGCUUGAUGACUUCGCUCAGAUAGAGAAUCGUGCUGUAUUCUCGUCUGUUUUUCUCUUUCUUAUCAACGUUGGCAUCGUGAGGGACGAUAUCACCAACCAGACUCUCUGCUAUGUCAUGCACAAGCGCGAUCUUGGCACAUUUGGUCAGAUCAGGCUUUUGAGAAAAUGCAUCGCCGUUUAGCGACAUCGCUAUGAUAGACAUUCGGUACAUGUGAUCUGCAAUACUCUCAGGGUUGGGGACCUGGUGGUCAAUCCAGCCAGUCCGCUUCUGUUGCUUCAGUAGCGAUGCGAUCUGAUAAAAUGCAUUGAUGUAGUUGUAAUUCUUUCCGUUCGCUUCGGCCGGGGUCAAAAGUUUCCGAAUAUCAGCUGGGAGAGCAUGCCGCGGGUCCCACUCAGAAGUCGUCAUAGUUGAUAGUGUGCGAGCCGCCGGCUUGAAAGAGCGACAAAAAUGCGAAAGAAUGUUGGAAAAAUAAAUAUAUAAACAAUGCACGCGG